AUGGAACCCCCAUCCAAUUUAGCUACACCGUUGAAGCAGGUAUGGGAUCACUGCCUUGCAACAUACUCGGACGGGCUCUUUGGGUUCAAGAACUACGGGUGGGAUCAGAUUAUGGCGACGAAGGGCUUCAGCUCCAUCAAUGUCUGCGUACGGUGGGAGUCAAGCGUAUCUGUAACCGAGGCUCAACGAACACAGGUGGCACAGACUCUCAAUAAGCAGUACCAGAAGUGGUUCCAAUAUCUUUACGGCUACGAUGGCUUUCCUUUCAGCGAAAUCAAGGUCAAUGUUGUGGAAUGUUGCGAUUGGGGCCAACAGGUUGGACGGGAAUACUAUAUGAACAAUUUGAACACCGAAAAUAUCCACAUCCUUCUACAUGAGAUUGGUCACACGUAUGGGCUCGAUGACUUUUACGACUGGACCCCUACGGGCGUCUCGAACUUCAUCAUGCUCGCCGGUUCCGCCGCGCAAGUCACAGAAUUUGACUACUGGAUGCUCAGGAACUGGUGGACCGAGCUCUCCCGCAACCGCGGCUGGCAGACCGGCUCUUCUAAUCCCACCACGACCACGACCACGCCCAAUGACGGUGCUGAGUGA